CAGGAUAUCAUUAGCCAAAGGAAAAGCUCCGCAUUCCCACCCAGUGCAGAGGUUGAAAUAGUAUCAGAAGGCCAGAGUCUUUCUCUCCAGCCACAGGCUCCAUCUUUCAGGAGCAAGGGGGAACUCUGAGAGAGAGUGGGGCAGCAGAGCCCGCGGCCUGCCAGCGCCCUGGAGGAGGGCUUCCCUCUCCUGCCCUCGAUCCCGCUGGAUUGACCCGGCUGAGUUCCAGCCUAGAGCGCAGGAGCGCAGAGCCGGGGCGCCUCUUGCGCUACCCAGGCGCUGGUGACAGCCACAUGAAGCCUGCUGGGGAGGCGGGGCCAGGGUGCAGCAAGCCGGCGGGGACCGAGGCUGUCGCCGUCUUAGGGAGGCACUGACUGCCAAGGGGACCCCCUCCCCUCCAUCGUGCCUGGGCGAACAGUCUUCUCCAGGGGUCCCCUGUCAUCCUGCCUAUCCAGGAUGGUGCUGCUGAAGUUCCUCUGGAUGGGUUUCUUCUGCCACCUGUGUCAGGGCUACUUCGAUGGCCCUCUCUAUCCGGAGAUGUCCAAUGGGACCCUGCACCACUAUUUCGUGCCCGACGGGGACUAUGAAGAAAAUGAUGACCCCGAGAAGUGCCAGCUGCUCUUCAGGGUGAGUGACCACCGGCGCUGCUCCCAGGGGGAGGGGAGCCAGGCCAGCAGUCUGCUGAGCCUCAGCCUUCGGGAGGAGUUCACCGUGCUGGGCCGCCAGGUGGAGGAUGCUGGGCGUGUCCUAGAGGGCAUCAGCAAGAGCAUCUCCUACGACCUGGACGGGGAAGAGAGCUAUGGCAAGUACCUGCGGCGGGAGUCCCACCAGAUCGGGGACGCCUACUCCAACUCGGACAAGUCCCUCACUGAGCUGGAAAGCAAGUUUAAGCAGGGCCAGGAACAGGACAGCCGGCAAGAGAGCAGGCUCAACGAGGACUUCUUGGGGAUGCUGGUCCACACCAGGUCCCUGCUAAAGGAAACACUCGACAUCUCUGUGGGGCUCAGGGACAAAUACGAGCUGCUGGCCCUCACCAUCCGGAGCCAUGGGACCCGGCUGGGUCGGCUGAAAAAUGAUUAUCUUAAAGUGUAGGUGCGAGGGCGCGCUGCCUGGGAGAGGGCAUCAAAUCAGCCCCGUUGUGGAGGGUGGGGACAGAAGCCGGGGCUAACGUCUCCCUCAUACUUAUUAUUUUUUAUAUCUGGAUUUGCACUUGGAGAAUCAUCUGAAGUGAUCUUUAAAAAGAAAUAAGCGAGGGCCGAGCUGUUUUGUUUUUGUACAUUAUUUAUGGGAUUGCUAUUGACUUGUUACUUGGAAAGACCGAUUUAAAGCCAUGCCUCCCGCCUUUCUUAGAGGACUUUCUAACUCUGCACAGACACCUGUUUCCGCCACGUCUAGAAGGACACGGUUUAUGCAGGAGGGAGUGAUUAACCUUCCCCAUCCUGGAGAAAAUACCCAGAGAGCAGAGCACAUGGUUCCUUUUCACCUUCAGCCUUCCCUCUUGGGCUUUGAAAGCUGUCAGUUGUCUGAGGUGCUGUGCGGCCAGCCUGCCAGCGGAUGCCUGUUUCUCCUCUUUUUCUCCCUUAAUUUAUUAACCGUGGUCUUCAAGGUUUUGUUUUUAGUUUUUUGGGUUUUUGUGGGGGGUUUUGUAAGAGUAUUGGCUGGAAGCUAUAUGCAAAUAGUCCUUUGCAGGGAGACGUUUGAGGUGCCUCUGUGAGUGUGUGUAAGCUGAAGUGGCCACAUUGAGGAAGUGCAAGCUUUGUGGGGGGUACACACUCACGUUGCUAAGCUGACUUGCUGUGUCUCUCACUGCAUGCCUGUGUCCUCAGAGCUACAGUCCAUUAAAAAAAAAAGUCGAUUGUUUGAACACACCCCCAAAUGCCUAUGUUGUAGCUUACCAAUGUAUUCGUUCUGGUUUGGGGGUUUUCUUCUGUUUGCUUACUGGAAACUUGUACUUCAAGUAGGGCGGGAUUCUAAUUUUAAUAACUCCUGAACUAAGUUUUAUUAUUCAGCCAAUAAAUAUGUUCUCGUUUAA